AUGGCCAGUGAGGACCUUCAAUCUGAGAUCGAGACACACCGCGAUGUGUACGCGUCGCUCACGGGCACCGGGCGGCGGCUGCUGGGCUCGCUCUCAUCGCAGGAAGAUGCGGUCAUGUUACAGCGGAGAUUAGACGAGAUGAACCAGCGAUGGCAUCACUUGAAAGCGAAGAGUAUGGCCAUCAGGGAAAGAGUAUGGCCAUCAGGUGAGGAUGCUUUCAAUCAUAAUAGUACAAGUAGUUAUGAGCGGAGCGGGUGGUAUUCUUUAGGGCUGCUGGACUCGCUCUCUUCGCAGGGCGAGCGAGUCCAGCGAGCGAGUGAGAGAGAGGGAGGGUGCGGUCAUGUUGCAACGGAGAUUGGACGAGAUAAAGCAAUGAUGACAUCACCUCAAGACAAAGAGUACUUAGUAGUUGUCGCCUAG